AUGGGAAAAUAUUUUAUUUUUGACAUUGCAGGAAGCUUCUUGUGGUGCCAUGAGUGCCAAGAUGCUCAAUCUUCUUUUUGUGCCAAGUAUCAGGUUUUGUGUCAACCAGAUAAUGAUGUGUGCCUUUCAGAACUGAGAAGGAUGACAGAAGAUCCAAGCCGGAAACUAACAAUGCAAACGAUCAGAAGAUGUGGAAAUUCCGAUGAAUGUAAUAUAGAUGGCACCCUAACUGGUCGAGGCAAAACAUUAACCAUAAAAACAUCUUGCUGCGAAACAGACAUGUGUAACCCCCCAGAAGCUUCAUGGUCUUUGAAGAGGAAAAAACCUAAUGGGAAAAUGUGUCCUAUUUACUCCUCCUUACAAAAGGACUAUCCAGAGUUGGAUGUUGUCCAGUGCACCGGUGAUGAAACUCAUUGCGUUAACUUUACAUCCUUAAUAACUGAAGGAUCCUUUUCUAGAGACGAAUUGUUGCAUGGAUGUGCCAUGGAGAGCAUUUGUGAAAAAAAACUCAUCAAAGAAUAUCGAUCUGCCAGUAAUCAGAUGUUAGUAAAGAAUGAUAUUGUUUGUAGUAAUGGCAUGACAAUUAUGGUUUAUCUUCACCACCUGAUAAUAUUUUACAUUUCUGCUCUGGCCGUGCUAAGAGACUGAUCAUCAUUCUACUUAAAGGAGUUGUAAAGGAAAAAAAUUGUUUUGCUGAAAUGACUGUUUACAGGGUAUAGAGACAUAAUAGUUA